AUGACUACCAAGACUACUUUCUGGGACAAUAAACAACACACCGUGCUAGUGGUGGAACUCGUCUUUUACAGCAUCCUUUUAGUGGCUUCUGUGGGGGCAUUGUUGAGAAGACGUCAGUUGAGCAAGGGAGCUAUACUUUGUUCAAUUUCUGCUCUCAAGAUCAGUGGUUGCGCCGUGAGUGUCCAUGCAGCCAUUCAAACUGUCAACGCAAUCAACAGCCAGGGCGCAACAAAAUACCCCUCGGUUAGUCUUGUCACCACAGGAGCGAUUUUGACAUCGCUCGCAACAGCACCGUUGAUUUUGCUGACACGGGCAUUUUGCCCAACAGGCGAUUUGCCACAACGUUUCCAAAAAUUUAUCAGAAUUACUGUGAUUGUACCUGCUAUCAUCGCCAUUGUUGGAUACAAUGAUUGGGCCAAUGGAGGGUCUUCCAUGACUACAGGUAUCGCUCUUGUGAAAGCUUCGUCAAUUCUUUACCUCGCACUGUAUUUGGCGUUUGUUGCAAGCGGUUUGGUAAUGUACCUCCAAGUGCGCAAUAGUGCGACUCGAAUCGAAUCUACAGGAGUGUUCAUUGUCUUACUGGCAAUGCCGUUUUUUUUAGUUCGGUUCAUCUAUGUCAUUGCUUCUUCCUUCGUCUUGACCACCAAUAUGAGCGCCUACCACAAGUUUAGCUUUUUCAAUGGAGACUGGAGAACCUCAUUGAGCAUGUUCGUGGUAAUGGAGUUUGUUGUUGAAGUCAUCUACUGCUUUGGUGUCCAUUUGCUGAUUUCUAGAGAAACUGAACUGACCUCGGUUACGGAUGACGGAUCUGUAAAAAUGGAAAGUGCUUAG